AUGGGCAAUGAGACGCCUGCAAGAGUCACUGGAUAUUAUGUUGUUUUUCCGUAUAUCCCAGAAGAUUCGAUGGAAAACAACCCGUAUAUGAGGAACAUUGCUAAAAAUGAAGACUGGCCCCUGUUAGCAACAGCUUCUCCAAGGGAUAUGUAUGAAGGCACCAUCAAAAUGUUCAUGGAUUAUGCCGCGACCAGCCUCGAGCAUAUGGAGCAUCUUGAACAGACGAAAGGCGAGACACGCACCUUCGAAAAUACCGUCGAGCCGCUGUUGCAUGAUGAAUAUGAAGUGAACUAUGCCUUCCAAACGCUGUUGCUGAAGAUGGUGACGGACUGGUCAGAUACGCAUAAUAAUAUGAUCAACGCCGACAUGCACCACGUAACGAUCAUGUGGGCUAGAGACAUGUUUGAGAAGCUUACCGCGCCCGCUUUUCAAGCAGCGAUAAAGGAAAUGUAUGAUAAGAAGGACGGUCUGGAUGAAUGGCAGCUACGACUGUUGGAAUGGUACAUUUUGGAGCUCAAAGCCAACGGCCACGAUCGUCAAGAUGAGAAAACACGUAAAAUCUUGGGCAGCUGGAACCGCUUCAUUGAUCAGUACAGGAGCAAAUAUAUCACUAACGUGAUGGCCACAAAUGACCAACACAAAUUCGUGCUACAAGACAAGUCUGCGCUUGCCGAUGCCCCGCCUCAUAUCCUGCAGACAUUGGCAGCUGACCAAAGUAAAUGGGAAACCGGACCCUGGGUCGGUUACAUGGCACCACGUCGUAUCUUUGCCUUGAUGCAAUACUGUGGGGAUCGACAGAUCCGGGCCGGCGCUUGGGAAAAAUGGAUCAGCAAGGCGUCAUUUGAACACGAUUUUUACAACAACUCCAUCAACAUUGAAGAAUUGCGUCACAAUAAUGAGGGAAUGGCCAAGGUACUUGGCUACACUUCAACUUCUGAACACCGUCUGGCGAAUAAGAUGGCGACGAGCCCGGAGACCGUUCGAUCCAUGAUUCAAGCUUUGGAACGACGGGUCCGCCCCGUUUUCAUGGACCGCAUGGACGCGUGGCGAAACUAUGUGCAUAAUAAUCAUCUGAUGUCCGGAGAUCUUUACCCUCACGAUCUGUUCUACGUUUGCAGAAAAGAAGCUUUUGCCCAUUACGACGUCAAUCAUCUGGAUCUCAUGAACUACUUCCCAUUCUGGCCAACUUUUGAAAAUGUCACCUCCGUGAUUGGCCAGCUCUUCAACCUUACAUUUAAGGAUAUUACGAACACCAACUUGGAACGGGCGCACCCUGACGCAAAAAUCUUUGCCGUGGCCGACACUAGCUCAGGCCAUCAUCUGGGUCGUCUAUACGUAGAUCCUUACGAUCGGCAAAACAAAUUGUGCGACUGGACGACACUGCUUGGAAGAACUGAGUCAAAGGAACGAGGCCUUGAUAAGUUGGUCUACCUGGUUGGCGCUGCGAGCGCCCCGGCCAACGGCCAGCCGUCGUUGCUGCAUUAUGAGCAGCUUCAACGGCUGCUGUUUCACGUUGGCCGUUCGGUGCAGAUGCUGCUUUCGCGAGCGCCGUACCGUGACAUUGCUGUGCCCUGGGCUCCAUUCCACGCAUCCGAUUGGGAUUCGCUCGAUAUGUUCCCUACUUUCUGCCAAUUCUUCCUCAACAAGCCGAAUCUGCUACAAGCGAUUGCUUCUCCACACAUUAAAACCGGUGCUCAGCUACAUGAUGACACGGCCGAAUCAACAUCUUUGGCCCUAUCUCGCGCGAGCCUCUUCGAGACAUACCGUACGCUAUUCUGGUCCGAUUUCGACCUGACGCUAUUCGAAAUGGAGGAUCGCCGACAAAAAUUCUGGCUUGAUCUGUACCGUGAACUGCACAAGGAGUAUUUCCCUUGGCGGCUACAGCGGAAUGACUACCAGCCUUGCUCGUUCAUGCCGAUUUUCUCGCGAGUUCCGCACUAUUCGGGAUAUUACAGCAAACUUUGGUCUGAGAUGCUUGCGCUGGAUAUACACGAGACAUUCCGUCUCGAGGGUGACGAGUCCAAGACUGGCGAACGUCUAAAGACACUUCUGCUCAACAAGGGCGCCGGAGAUGUGGCCAAGGAGUUGUACCGCCGCUUCCAGGGCCGCGAUCCCUCUGUUGGACCGAUCUGUGACUUUUACGACCCACCGCCGUUCGAGGAGCACCAACGCCUGGAAGAGAACUUCAGC